AUGCCUAAAACUCGUAGGAAAACUGAAACAUGUCGAGCUCCAAAACACGUGAUGACCGAUCUCUUUAUGCAAAACCUCCAGACUUCCUCUCGGCUUCCAAGUGGCCAGUUGUUUCCAAUAGCUCCUCAUGAUCUUUUUCUCGGCACUUACCUCACGACUCCAAUCUUGCAUCAAUGGCAAGCCAACUUCAACAGAGGAUACACUGGUGAUAUCGAAUAA